AUGGACGGCCCUUACCUUUGUAUACAGAAGGAUAGUUCCCAGCCCAAGCACUCCUGCAAUCAUCAUCAGGACUCCGAUGAAGUGGCAGUUGAGUCCCUGAUGUCACUUGUCCCCGAAGAAGUCAGACGGAGUUGCUUGCCUGCAGUUAGUGUGUCGGGCAUGACUCACGCCCGCAGAGUUGCUAAGAACACACAUCGAGUCACCAAACAGAUUAUCCAGGUCAACAACCAAGUCACCUACCACGUCAGCCAGCAGGUUACCCAACAGGUCACCCACCAAGUCAGGUUACCCAACGGUCAUUCUACAGAUCAAGCAACAGGGUCACAUUUCGAGUCAUCCAUCACGUCAACCAGCCGACCCUUUAGGAAAUCAUCCAGCAGGACACUCAUCCAACAGUCACUUACCAAGUCAUCCAACAGACCGCUUAUCAGAAUAUCCAAGUCAUAUAUCAGGUCACCCAAGCCACAUACUCAGGUCACACGCCAACCGAAAACAACCGGCUCUGCAAGUACUGUCUCUGCAGAAGACAUUAGGGCCAAGUCAUCUAAUCUCUUGUACAACAUUUUAAGCGCACGUUCAGCAACCAGUAGCAAGAUACAUUGUUAUCCGCUUCCCUUCUAUGAGAUUUCACAUUCUAUCAAAUCCCUGACUCUUUUUCCCUUUUUACAUUCCAGGCCGAAUGCGUGCGUAGUGGAGGAAAUCCCGAACAGUGACACUGAAUUUUGGACCGAAUGUCGUUAUUGGAGAAGUAGAAAAAUCUGCGGAAAGAAAACACGCAUCCGGUUCGAGUGUUGUGAAGGCUUCAGCAGGAUCGACGAUGAGGUUGGCUGCACGAGAGUGAAGCCGCUGAAGAACCUUCUGGAAACGGCGGAGGCGCUCGGAGCCACCAAAUGGGCCGAGUACAUCCGGGAAUCCGGCUUGGCCAACGAGCUAGAGACCGCCGGGGCAUACACUCUCUUCGCGCCCACCAAUGAGGCCUUUAGCAACCUGCGACGGUCCCUGAAGAGCCAGAUGGAAUCCUACCGAGGGAAUCCUAACAACCCGAUCCUCCUGUACCACAUCCUGCCGACGAAGCUGAAAUCAGACGAGUUCAAGGCCAACCUCAUGGCGGAGACGAGGCACCAGGGGCAUAACGUCAGGAUUAAUAAGUACUCCAACGGGAUGACGACCAUCAACUGCGCCCUCCUCAUCAGGAAGGACCAGCAGGCCACCAACGGCAUCGUGCACGUCAUCGACAACGUUCUGGAUCCUUCUGUGGGCAUCUUGCAGAAUGUUGCAGACAUGGUGCUCAAUGACGGACGUUUCUCCGUUCUCGCCGACAUUCUGGAGAAGAGCGGUUACAUCAACGUGCUGAGGACGAUGCAAGAAUCCAUCACCAUCUUGGCACCGUCCGACGAGGCCUUCCAGAAGCUUCCAGAAUCCAGGCGAGAGAAGAUCAUCAACGACAGAGAAGCUAGAAUGGCCUUGCUGCAGAACCACGUGAUCCCGCACGUGAUCUGCGAGUCCGCCAUUACCGGGGAGCACCGCGUUCGCACUAUGCUCGACAGCAAGAUCUCCUUCAACUGCGACAUCGCGGGAGCCUACGUCGAAAACACGAAACUUCGCGGCAACUUCAACCUGGGCAAGAACGGCAUUAUCCACAUGAUCGACGAUGUUCUUCUGCCCGACCGUGCCAAGAAUCUGAUCGAACUCGCCGAGAGCCGCAACCUCUUCACCUUCGUCGAACUCGUGAAGAAGGCCGGCCUCGAGGAAACUCUCAGCCACACCGGAGACUAUACAUUCUUCGUGCCUGAUGAAGCCGCUUGGUAUUCUUUGGACUCGGCAGUGCUGAGCGCCGCCCGACGCGACCUGGAGUUGGCCGGUCAGCUGGUGCGCUUCCACGGGGCAUACGGCAGGCACAUGACCAACGCCAUCACGGACAACCAGGCUAUUAUGUCGCUGGACGAGGAGAAUCCCGUCCGCCUGCAGGUGUGGCGCCGCGCCCUUGGAGUAGAGGACGCCAAGAUCACCGAGAAGGACAUCGAGGCCCAGAAUGGGGUCAUCCACAUCAUCAACAAGGUCAUCGUGCCGUCAAACCAGUCGGUGCAGGAUAUUCUGAGGGCCAUUCCGCAGCAGAGGUUCAACAUCUUCCUGGAGGCGCUGCAGCAGGCGUCGUCGCAGGAGAACUCCGUGCUGAGCUUGGGGCCUGGCGACGAAGUCUUCUACACCUUCUUCGUCCCUUCUGACGCGGCCUUCAGACAGCUCAAUUCGGAAACCUUAUCCAAGAUCAAGCAGGACGACCGCUAUCUCAUGGAACUGAUCAAGAGUCAUAUCGCCAUCAACAUGUUCCCGGCCACGUCCUUUGAGAAUAACCUUGUGUACACCAUCGAGGGCAUGGGGGGCCCCUUCGACAUCAAGAAGACAGAUGAAAAUGCCAUCACGGUCAACGGCGCCUCCGUCACCUCCUCCCACAUGAGCGCCAAGGGCGUCAUCCACGUGAUCAACAAGGUGUUCCUCCCGGAGAACUCGUACACCUACUCUAGCUACAGGACGAGCAGUUCCUCCUCGUCCCGGGGAUCUGGAAGAAGCUCUUAUUCCUCGUCGUCCUCGUCCUCUUCCUGGGGGUCGACCAAGUCCUCGCGCAGGACCUACAAGAAGACGGUGACCUUAGCGAAGACUUACGGGGAUGAAGGCGGGGAUGACAGCCUGCCUGCCUUCCCACAAGGUACCGUGUUCCCCUCCUCCUCCUCCUCCUCCCCCACCGCUAGAGCCAAACGCAGGAAGACCUCGAGAGGAUACAGGAGAAGAAAAGCAUUCUCUUCUCCCUCCUCCACCCGCCCCUCCUCAGGAGUAACAACCACUAGCCCAACUACCUCCCCAGAUGACACUUGGAGUAACACCCCUGAUGACUCCUCCUUUGGUGAACUAGAAGAGACUCACCUCCAGGGCUCGGGAUUCUCAGCACGCGAAUCGGAGGCCUCACAAAAUUCUCUCACCACUAGUACCUCCCCCACUCCCUCGUCGUCCGUUUCCUUGUCCUCCUCCUCUUCUACCUCCUCCUCUUCUUCUUCUUCUUCCUCCGCCGCCUCCUCCUACAGUGGCCAGGACUCAUAUGACGUCCGGGAGCCUUACUCUACCACAGAGCCAGGACUAACAAGGUCUUCUUCUCGAUCCUCUUCACGCAGGACUCACAAAGGCAAAAAACAAGGUGGUGGGUCCUACACUGAACGUGACGGUUCUUACUCUUCAUCCUCAUAUACACCAUCAUCUUCUUCAUCGUCCUCGUCACACAUUUAUGACUUUGAAACACAAAUAACACGGACCGAAGAUGGUGAAGCCAAAGACUCGGACACAGGCCACGAAACAUACGGGAGUUCCACAACUUAUGGCUAUGACGAUGCCUCACUACACCUCAGUGGCAAUGACGUGUAUGAGGACACGUCUUCCUCACGUCAAGAUAAGUCAGGUUCCCAUGGCAUUUCAACCUCAUCCUCUUCCAGGCACAGAGGGAAUACAAACACACAUGACAGAUCUUCAACGCACAUCAGUGACGAGUAUGAGAUCAGCAGACGAAGUGAGUUUGCCAAUACAAACAUCAAUGAUAUAAGUGAAUCGACUGUUUCAUCAUCUGAUUUGGGACGCAAUGAAUUAGAUUUGUCAUAUGAUAGAAACGAAGCAUCGAGAACGAGUUCGGACUCCGAUGCAAGAGUCGACACUACUACACAAUACACUGAAUCAGACACUAGGUACACUGGUACUCGUACAAGAUAUACAGGGAGUGACACAGACACAAGAUACAGGGGAACUGAUACUAGAUAUACAACCUCUGAUGCAAACAGACGGCGCACUGAAGCAGAUACCAGGUACACUGGUACCGAUACUAGAUACACUGAAACUGGUACAAGGUAUAUAGAGAAUGAAGCAGACACACGACACACUGGAACUGAUACAGAAUACACAGAAUCUGAUACUAGGUAUGCAGGGUCUGACACAGAUAGACGACGCACUGAAACAGAUACCAGAUACACUGAAACUGGAACAAGGCAUACAGGGAGUGAUGCAGUCACACAGCACGCUGAAACUGAUACAAAAUACAGGGGUACAGAUACCAGAUAUACAGGUUCUGAUACAGACAGACGACGCACUGAAACUGAUACCAGGUAUACAGGGACUGAAGCAGACACACGGCGCACUGGAACUGAUACUAGAUAUGCAGAAUAUGACACAGAUAGACGACGUACUGAAGCAGAUACAAGAUACACUGGUACUGAUACAAGAUACACUGAAACUGAUACACGGUAUACAGGGACUGAAGCAGACACACAACACACUGGAAGUGAUACUAGAUAUACAGGAUCUGAUGCAGAUAGACGACGCACUGAAGCAGAUACAAGAUACACAGAAACUGAUAGAAGAUACACAGGAACUGACACCAGAUAUACAGGAUUUGGCACAGAUAGACGACGCACUGAUACUGGUACAAGAUACACAGGAACGGACUCCAGAUAUGCAGAAUCUGACACAGAUAGACAACGCGCUGAAACAGAUACCAGAUACACUGGUAUUGAUACAAGAUAUUCUGAAACUGAUACAAAGUAUACAGGGACUGAAGCAGAUACACAACGCACUGGAACUAAUACAAGAUAUACAGGAUUUGGCACAGAUAGACGACGCACUGAAGCAGAUACCAGAUACACUGAAACUGAAGAAGAGACUGAAGCAGACACACGACAAACUGGAACUAAUACUAGAUAUACAGGAUCUGAUGCAGAGAGACGACGCACUGAAGCAGGUACCAGAUACACAGAAACUGAUAGAAGAUACACAGGAACUGACACCAGAUAUACAGGAUUUGGAGCAGACAGAAGACGCAUUGAAACUGGUACAAGGUAUACAGGGACUGAAGCAGACACACGGCACACUGGAACUGAUACAAGAUACACAGGAACUGACAGCAGAUAUACAGGAUUUGGCGCAGACAGACGACGCACUGAAACUGGUACAAGGUAUACAGGAACUGAAGCAGACACACAGCACACUGGAACUGAUACAAGAUACACAGGAACUGAAUCCAGAUAUGCAGAAUCUGACACAGAUAGACUACGCACAGAAACAGAUACUAGAUACACUGAAACUGGUACAAGGUAUACUGGGACUGAAGCAGACACCCGAAACAAUGAAAAUGACACAAGAUACACUUUGACAAGUACAGGGUAUACUGGAACUAAUACGAGAUAUACAGGAACUGGCACAGACGCACAGCAUUCAGAGAGUGAUACAAGACACAUUGGAGAUGUAAAAUACACAGGGACUGACCGAGACAUGCAACAUACCGGAGCAGACACAAGAUAUACUUUAACAACUACAAAAUACUUUAGAAAUGGUACAGCAAAGACAGGAAUGGAUACAGAUGCACGGUACACUGGAAAGGAUUCUAGGCAUACAGGGACAAACACAGAUACAAGGUACCAUGGGACAGACAUACGAUACAAUGGAACAGAUACACGGUAUGGUAUAGGAACAAACACACAAUAUUCAGGCACAGGAACAAAAUACAAUGAAAAUGAUACACACUACUCUGGCACAGGUGUAGACUCAAGACUUAAAUACUUCAAUCGAACAGGUUACACUGGUUAUACUGGUGGUUCUGGAACAGGUGCAGACUCAACACUUAGUUACUUCAACCGAACAGGCUACACUGGUUAUACUGGUGGUUCUGGCACAGGUGCAGACUCAACACUUAGUUACUACAACAGAACAGGUUACACUGGUUAUGCUGGUGGUUAUGGAACAGGUGCAGACUCAACACUCAGUUACUUCAACAGAACAGGUUACACUGGUUAUGCUGGUGGUUCUGGUACAGGUGCAGACUCGAGACUCAACUAUUUCAACCGAACUGGCUUCUCAGAAGGUCCUGGCUCUGGUAUUAACAAUGUAGCUGAUGCACGUGGCGGCUACUCUACUUCCACCUCCUCCAGGACUUACACUUACCAUUACUCAGGUGGCUCCGGACAGCCAGGUGGCUCGCUAACGCAUGGGGAUCUCCAGCCACUGCCCACUGGUGGCUUCAGAACUUACAACUCAACCACCAUUCACCGCGAGACUACAGAUGAUCCAAGCAGCCCAGAUGGGGGGAGGUUCAGUUACGUGGGCCAUCCCUAUGGCUCGGAUGUGAUAGGACACACUGAUACAGUAGGUGGUGAUGAGGAGGCUCUGCCGUUCACCCUCGGACAGGCUGAGUCUGGCGCAGCGUCAGGAAGUACCACCCAAGGGGGGGCUGCUGGGUUUGGAACUAACACCUACCACUACAGAUACUCCUCGCAUGCUGAAGAUAAUGGGCCUAUAAGGGGAGACAAUGCUGUUGCUAGUGGGGGUAUCAGCAGUAGUAGUAGAAGUAGCAGCCACAGAAGCAACAGCCAUAGGAAGUAUGGCGUAAGAACCCACACCGUAGUGACGUACCCAGCCACUGUGGAGACUCACUCACGCAGCACAAAGACGUACACAUUUGGCAGUGGUGGUAAACCCCGAUCGUCUUCUGUUUCAGCCUACGCCUUCACAGGAGACGACACGGAGUACGCCGAUGGCACCGAGUUCGCUGAGGCCAAAUCUGGAGACGAAGAGACUAUUUCCCGCAAAGAGGCCGUUUCCCUCCGCCGCCGCUGGCGCCGCAAGCGUCACCAGAAGCGCGCAGAAGGAAGGAGGCGCCGCGGCCGCAGGGGGGGUAGGCGCAAGGUCGCAACCAAGCAAUAACCUGACGGAGGCGCCACCGUGGUGUUGUUGGAACAAGAACAGGACAAGAACACCACAAGAGCGUAAUGAGACUGCUGACCACGAGGCGCCGUUUGCCCCUGUCGGACUCGCCUCCCUGGCCCUGUCUCACACGUAUCACUGCCCGCAUCCUCUCCUCCAGUAUUUUAAGAAAACAUUAUCAUUUCUAAAUGAAUAACACAAUAUUAAGAGAAACAUGGUUACUUAUUUUACGUAUUUAAUCACAAUAUAUUACGUGGCGACCUGCAGUAGAUCUUUCCUUGUACAGUAGAGAUGUUUAGUGUAAGCUUGAGAGAUGUUUGAGUUUUAAGUUCCUCGCUCAUGCCUGUAUACUGGUGCUUUAGUCAGUAAGUGUCAAGUUACUUUUAGUCAGUAUAAAAUCAUCCUAACAUGUAUUGUUAUAUCUUUAAUAAAACGUGAAAAUGUUUGAU